AUGCGAUGCGCGAGCAAGGCCGCCGAGAGCGCGUCCACACGUCUCUGUGCGGACGCCGAAGCAGAAGCAACAGCAACUGAUGUCUCAUCGGUUGCUGAAGCGACCCAGCCUGUGUCACUUGGUGAUGCAGGCGCUGGUCAUGAAGACACUCGUGUCUUCACAGAGUACGAGCUCGGUGUCUCGUACUCUCCUGAUACGGAUGACGGAUCCGUAUCGACGGCGAUUGAAUCUAAGCCGUCUGCCAAGCGUGGCAUGGACGAUGCUUUGCGUCGCAGCAUCUUUGGUUCAUCUGAUUCAUCAGAUGAACCAUCGCCGAAGCGAAGGCGCUCGAGGUCGCGAGACUCGGGCGCUAACAGUGGUGUCGGUUCUCCUAUGGACACCACUUCACAGCGAGGUGCCAGUACUUCUGUCGGCACGUCGCAGGAAGAGCGGGACCGCAAUGUGUUGCGUCUCGCUCCUGAAAAGAAGGCAUGGAUGCCUCCAAAAUCCGUCAUGGAUCACUUGUCGGCGACGACGAGUGAUCGUUAUCGAACACGGUUGUUCAAUUCGUCAAGGAUCCAUCACCUUGACCCCAGUGCGAAAAACUAUCGCGCUGAACAUGAAUUCUUCAUCGAUGCUUUCUUCAAACAUCGAUGGUACAGUGGGAAUCACAAACGUGAUGGUCCCUCACUGCUUCAAGCGUGA